CUUCCAUGAAUUACCACUUAAGAUCAUGUUGAAUAAAUGUUCAUUCGUAUUAAAAUCUUGUAAAUCUAUUACUGUAGUAGCACCAAGCUUUCGUUGCGACAGAAAGGGGGAACAGAUUUUGUCUUCAGCAUCCUCGCAAAAACUACACAAUGGAAGAGAAUGAACAGUCAGAUGAAUAUUAUGCUAUGUCUGCAGGAACAAAAUCUUACAGGAAAAAUAGAGACGAUUUAGGUAUAUUGAUCUCGAACAAUCAAUCAGAUAUUGCCAAGCUGAAAUCUUCCAUGAAAAAGAAAUGUAGUCAGACUGUCUUUAUGGGAUUAAUCAUGGUGGUUCUAGUCAUAUUUGCUGCUUUCUUAGUUUACCAGCUUUAUGGUAAAAACCAAAGCAAAGAAAACGAUGAUGGCGAAAAAACUGGAACACAGGGCAUACGAUCUCAAAAUAUGGUCAUGGCAGAACCACUCAGAGGGUCAGUGUUAAAGGAUACUACAAGUGAUAUAGGAUGUAAAAUUCCAAGCGGGCUAACGAUAUCAUUCCCUGACAUUGAUUACGUAUUCCUUGGGUAUGAUAUAUUAAAAGGUUUUCCUCAAGCAGACCAACACGAUCCCGGAUUAACAUUUUCUAUUUUUAAAGCUGAUUACAAAACUGGUUCUUACACAGCUGAUUGUCGCUAUCGUGUGCCACGUGGUUUACAAAUUAUUCCAGAUGUCUCCUGUGAUACAUCAUUUACAUCAAGGAUAAUUAGGAAUCAAGAAGAUCUUGCUUCUUCUUUGUCAACAUCAGCUGAAGUUAGCGGAGGAGGUUGGGGAGUUCAAUUUUCAGCCAGUGUUGGAUACAAAAAGUCAUCAAGAUCUAUGGGUAAAGGAGAAUUCGUAUACGUCACAUCCCAGGCAAACUGUUACUACUACUAUAGCAGACUCAUUGAAGAUAACCCACCACCUUUUGACCCAACGUUUCUCUCAUGGGUGCACAAGCUUAAUUCAACCAACAGUUUAGAAACAUACAUUAAAUUCUUUUCUCUUUAUGGAACACACUACAUAACAGACGCUAGAUUUGGUGCAAGAUUUAUAAAAAAUUAUAAAAUGGAAACGAAAGCGUAUGAAAAACAGGAAUCAGAAGGUGUCAAUGUUGCUGUUUCUGCCAGCUAUUCCGGUAUAUUCAGCGUUGGUGGUGGGUUCUCCCUUGAUUCAUCACAACAGCAAGCUGCGUCAAGCUUUAUGAGCAGCGUUACAUCAGAAACAAUAUCCGUUGGCGCUCCACCACCGUCCAACGGUGACGCAUUGACAUGGGCGUCUACUGUUAAAGAAAAUCCUAUACCAUCAGGGUAUAAACUGUCUUCAAUCGAAAAUCUCUUUACCGCCCGCUAUAUGAGUUAUAUUUCAGUAAACUACAACUUAAUAUUCGGAAAUAUAAAUCGUUACAAAACGCAGUAUUGCAAUCAUCUGAAAGCUAUUGGGAAAGUCGAUUCUUGUGUUUCGCUUAGAAGUGCCCUGAACAUAAAAAAGACAAAAUUACAAGGUCAUUUCAGUACUACACAAAACACGCCUUUGGAAAGUUGUGAAGAAAACUGUUUGAAAACGUCCGAAUGUCAGGCAAUCACGUAUUGCACAAAAUGCCAGACAGAUCAAAGCGAUUAUAGAAAGUGUUACUUGUUUUCUGAAAUUCUAAAACCAAUAUCAGCCGUCAAACAUGAUGACUACCAAUCAACUAUUUAUCGGAACACAAACAUGGAAAAUACGGCAAUACAUGGGCAAGCGCUUCUACCGAGAAACGCAACAUUAAAACUCGCUCAUCUGGGACAAUGCACUAAAUUCAUCAAAAAUGAACCGAAGGCUGUAGCUUUUACUUACAAUCAGCGUGGUUCUACAAAAUGUCAACUGUAUGAAUGGCAAGAUAUCUUAGAAUUGAACCAUAAAUUGCGUUCGUCAUCCUCAUUUGUACUUCACGUUUAAAAAAUACAACUUGGAAUAUUAUAUAUCGUGUAUGUAUUUAAUAAAAUAAACCAUACUUCCUUCAAAAGUAAUAUUUUCAAUUGUAAAUUGGUGUUAUUUCACAGCAAAUAUAUAUUUUCGUUUAUUUUGAUUUAUUAUUUAACUUUCAACUAUGUUCCUAAACCAAAAUCAACAUGCAGAAGUCAAGUUAUAGUUAUUUAACAAGCAAAUCGGUAUAUGUCAUUUAAUCUGCAUUGCUCGGGUGACCCUGGCCUCCUACGACCGUGCAGAUUAAAUGACAUAUACUGAUUUGAUUGGCCAAUAACACACGACGCCAUCAAUUUACAUGACAAUUAACGUUUUGGAAAUAUGCAGACGAUAUUCAAUCCACGGCUCAUGGGAAAGUUCUCUUGUAGGGUAUAGAAAGGAGAAAAUACACCUCUAAGUAGGAAAAGGUUUGUACUUUUAAAUUAUAUUUUAUUUAAUUUUCAAGCUUUCUUCUAAAAGAGAGACGAAAGAUACCAGAGGGACAGUCAAACUCAUAGAUCGAAAACAAACUGACAACGCCAUGGCCAAAAAUAAAAAGACAAACAGACAAAUAAUAGUACAGAUGACACAACAUAGAAAACUAAAGACUAAGCAACACGAACCCCACCAAAAACUGGGGGUGAUCUCAGGUGCUCCGGAAGGGUAAGCAGAUCCUUCUCCACAUGUGGCACCCGUCGUGUCUAAAUUGUUACAUUAUUGAAGAAUUGAGUUUUAAAGGCAGAUCUUUUAUUGUUUCUGUUAAAUUUAUAAUUUAUUCACAUUUUUCCCGACAAAAAUAUGCUCAGAUGAAGUUUCUAAUCGAAGAUAGAUGUGUCGAAUUUUGCAAAAUAAACAACACAAAAAGUUUCAAUUUUCAAUAUGUACUCCCCCAUUAUCUGCCAUUAGUAUCACAUUUCUACAUGUACAAAACAUUAAGGAAAUAGCAAAGCUUCACUUAAAAAUACAUUUAUUUCUAUGCCGUUAUAUUUGGAUUCUCCCUUUUCUAUCUUUAGAAGCUGUAGAACUAGUUUGUAGAACUAGUUUGAUUAGUAUUUUAUAUUAAGUCUUUGAGUUAGUACUGCACGUAUAUUUCUUUGGCGCUAUUACGGGUGAGGUUUUAUAGUCAUAUAUAAGUCCGAUACUUGUAUAGUAUGUAUCGAGGUGCUCACAGUAACUUCUAAGCACAACACGUUCUGCAAAGUAUAUUAUUUACAUUAUAUUAUAUUGAUUUAGUGUAGAAUAGCUAGAUGUGUGUUUGUUUGGAGAUGUUUGUAACGUUUUUUGUUAUCUUUAUUAAAUGUUGCAUCGCACAGAAAAUAAUAAGUUACUGCGAGCAAACCAAGCCUA